GUUUUCUAAUAGUUUCUGCUGUCUUUAAUGCAGUUUUAUAUCUAAUUUACUAGGUUAUUUUUUAUUAGUUUAUUAACAUGGUGGGAUUUUCUUGUGUUGUAUUACUGAGUAACUUGAUUGGUUAUUUUCGAAAAAUUUGGUCCCCCUAUCAUCCCUGUUUUAGUCUGACAAACGUGUUUUUUAUUUUUUCAGCUUUAUAGGCUAUUUCUUGUGGGUUUUAUUUAUCAGAUUUCCUCUGUAUGUUGAUAAAUUAAAUGUUGACAUUUGUAUUGUGUUACGUUUCUUGAUCUAGGUUUUCAAGAACAUUUUUUGUUUCUUUUGAAAUAAUUUUUAGAAUUUUUCUAUGUUGAUGAUUCGUUACUGAUUUUGCACACUCUAUUGUGAAUUCUUUUCUAAACACAUUCUCUUAUUUGUCAAACUGCAAUGUUUGCUAAUGUCCUACAUUUCAAUGGCAUUUUCAAUAUUAAGAUCAGUUUCAACAUUGGCACGACAUAAAUCGACGAGUGUCAAAUAUAAAGGACAUCGUCGUAAAUUCGUCUUUCCUGAUCAGUAUUAAUACCACGCGAGCCGACGGGCAAGGUUCAGUCGAGGUUAGACGUCUCUGCACCGACGGGACCCCACGGACCGCGGAAGUCUUCUGCGAGCCGGUGCAGCCGAAGGAUCGUCUUUUGGCAGGGCCGAAAAGUGACCAGAAAGAGAGGGAGGGACCUUGGUACGAGGACGCUUCUUGUACCCGCCGCGGUGGUGGGAAUUGAGUGAAAGUAACCGACAGUCGGAGAACAGUUCGCUAUGGAUUCGCAAACCGUCAUCAUCAUCUUCAUCGCGUUUCUUACUAUAAGACCGACAAUUUCAGUUAAGUACCGGAGGCUGAACUCGACGGAUAUCCAAGUGUUCCUGAGCCGUAGUAACGACCCGUUCGGCGCUUCGGCGGAACUGAAGGACGUGGGUCAGGCACGGGGAAAGAGAAGUGUUGUAAACCUUUACAACGUCGUAAGCUGUGCGACAGGCUGUAACCCAUUGUCUUACAAAGGCUACGGCUGCUAUUGCGGCUUUUUAGGCUCCGGCUACCCCAAAGACCCGAUAGACAGUUGUUGCAAAAUGCACGACGCAUGCUACAACGCAGCCAACUGCCCCAUGUUUCUCGAAUACUUCGUGCCAUAUUACUGGACGUGCAUCAACCAUAGGCCACUCUGCGGGAGGUCGUCGAAUGGCAGGCGUUACUCUUGCGGAGAGAGGCUUUGCGAAUGCGACAGGAGGCUUGCGGAAUGCCUCGCGAGGUAUCCUUGUCCGAGGUCCAAGGCUGUUUGCACCUCCUCCCCUUGGCGACUUCUGCAGAAUUUCAUCAUGUUGUGAUCAGUGAGAAUGAACCCGUCGAGACGACUAAACAGUCUUCAGCGCAAGAGGUUUAGCGGUCUACUGCCCCGAAAUAAGACUGAGUCCUCUAAUCAAGAAUAUGUAACUACUGUAAGCUAUAAGAAUUAGACUGAUACUUCUUUCCUUGUAUUGUUGAAAAGAAUGUGCUGCCAACAGUCAGAAACGCAAAAACAGGCAGAUACCAUUUUUAGCAAGAAGAGGAAAACAAAUGCCAAAGUUUAUAGAAUAUUUACUAACCUAACAAGCAAUUCUUUAUUCUAUUUUAUUAUUAUUUUGUAUUUAUACAAUGUGCCAUGG